AAAGAGUAUAGCUCUAUUAAGCACCAUCAACUUCCAUAGUGAACUGGCUUCCUUUUUCCUUUUUCCCUUUUCCUCCUAUGAUUCUCUUAUAUCUGCAUCCAAACUAUUUUUCAUCAGUUUCCUAUUGUAGUUUAGUGCUUCCAUCUGACUUCUCACAAAGCCUUUUUCUUCACAAAGUUUAGUUCUCUUCUGUUUGAGUCCUUUUCCCCUUGGCCUUUUUCUUGUUUGCUUACAUAAUUUAAAAAAAAAAAAAAAAGAUUUGUUCCCACUCAAAUACAAAAUUUAGUCUCCAUGGCUAUGGUCAAAGUGACUUCAGGACUAGAAGCUGCCAAAAGUGGUAGCAAUCUUCUUGAUGCCUCGUUUUCUUCUUACCUAAAUGGUUCUGAAGAAACCUUUGUACUUAAUAUUGAGUCAAGUAGAAAUUUGAGCAAGAAAGCAGAUGAUGGAGAAAUAGACAUCUUUAGUGCAGAAAAAUACUUCAAUGAAGUGGUUGAUGAAGAAAAUCAAGAAAAUGGUGAACCACAAAACAAGCAUAAGAUUGUUGAGCCAGUUACUAAUAUGGUUUCUUUGAAGCAUAUUACUAGGCCUCCAACUCCAAGUAUUAAUUCAGAAUCAAGUUGGAACAGCAGAAGUGCAUUAUUGCAAAACAUUUCAAGAAAUCAUCAUCAGGCGUCGCCAACAAAGCCUGAUAACAAGUCUUAUGGCAAGAAAUUCCUUGCAAGAAUUGGCUGCAAUUGUUAUUGCAAAGACAAGAACUCUGUUGAGGUUGAAGAUCAACUAAGCGAAAAGAGUUUCAAUAGGGGGAAAUACCAUGGUAAGUCAAGACAAAACCCUAUCAAGACUAAAAUCUUGGCUCAAAAUUCUGAGUCCAGUACACCAAGAACUAAUCAUCAAGAUUUGCACUUCAAGAAAAUUGAUGAAUUGGGACUUGGAGUUCCGGUUUUCGGAAAUCCAGAGGUGAAGAUACAAUUGCAAAAGGAAGAAGAAGAACCAAGAAAGUCCCUAGAAGUGUUUGGCUUCCCAAUAACAGAUAAAGAAAGAAGCAAAAAGAGCGUUGAGAAAAAAAUAGGCAUGUUAACAUGGGAUGCAAUUGUUCCAAAAGCUGAAGAAAUUGAUAUCAUCAACAUAGGAGCAAGUUCAAAUGGAACAUAUGAGGAUGAUUAUGCAGAAAGUGAUGCAAGUUCAGACUUGUUUGAGAUUGAAAGUUUCCCAAGUAAUAAUACAGCAAAUCCAAGCCUUGCUAGACAGGGUUCAGAGGGAAUGUCAUGUUAUGCUCCAAGUGAAGUUAGCAUUGAUUGGAGUGUUGUCACUGCUAGUGCAGCUGAUUUCUCUAUAACGUCUGAUUCAGAAGAGCUCAAAAUUAGAGCAAAUUCCAAUAGAAUUGUCCAUAAUGGAAGAGAAACAGCAGGGAGAGACAAAUCGAAACGUCGUUCGGGCAUUAUUUUGGGAUGUAACAGUCAUAAAGCUGUAGGAGUUGUUGGAGAUGCAUAUAAAGUUAGUGAAAAAACAUCAAUUGAGAUGCCUCAGAGGAACUUCAAGACUCAUGAGCCUAUUAUGCCAAUGACAAGAUUUCAUGCUGAGAGCAAAUUGACUCGAUUUGAUGCAGGAAAUAUGAAACAUGAUUUUAAUACAAGAUCAUUCUCUAGCACAUAUACUGGACGUCAUGCAGAUUUCUUGUAUAUUUAGAAGUGGAAAAUUUUGUUAUGUGACUCUAGUAUUUGCAGUAUUUACCAAUGCAGUUGAAGAAUAAAUAAACUAGUUAGGAGUAUUUUUGUUAGUUCUUGUUUUUCUUCUAGUGUGUAAUCUGAGAUUCACAGUUUUAAGUGUUUUUGUUGUGACUUAGACUGUCUAAAGUUAGAUACAUCUUGUUGAUUUUGUAUUCGUGUUGUUGCUUGUUACCAAUGCUCAUGUAACUGAAUAAAGACAUUGUCCUUUAUAA